AUGUAAAGUGCCCAUGAAGCUGUCCGAGGCUCGCUGUGGGUGAGCUUUAUGUCCUGAUUGUGGCAAUGAUGUUGCGGAUUCUGACGUUGGCGUGGUGGGCGGUUGUGGUCAGUGCCCAUGGCCGUAUGAUCGAACCACCUCACAGAGGCAGUCUGUGGCGAGUUGGUUACAACGUUGCCAAAAACUACGAUGACAACGCGUUAAACUGUGGUGGCUAUCAGGUCCAGUGGUUGCUGAACGCUGGACGAUGCGGACACUGCGGCGACUCCUUCAGAGGUCCACGUGAACACGAACGCGGAGGAAAAUACGCAAGUGACGUCAUACCCAGAAAGUACAUUUCCGGUCAGGUGAUAGAUGUUAUAAUUGACAUAACGGCCAAUCAUGGCGGUUACUUCCAGUUCUACCUGUGUCCAGGGCCCCGACUGUCAGAGAUGUGUUUCAGAGAACACCCUCUGUUCGUGGUUGGGGAGGGUUACAAACAUAAACUGAGGACACUGAGGUCACCCAUCCUCGAGAAGAUCCAGAUACAGCUUCCAGACGGGUUAAGCUGUGACCAUUGUGUCCUACAGUGGAGAUGGAACUGUGCACAGAGCUAUGGCAUGGACUGGGAGACAGGGAUGUACUGUAAAGGGUGUGGGCAACAAGAGCAGUUCUGGAACUGUGCUGAUGUAGCCAUAGAACCACCUCUCAGGGUCCGUCGUCCUUCCUUCAAGAAACGACGAAAGCCGGUGCUCCGUCACGUCAACCUCAUGGAGAACCCCGUUCCAGGGAUCCUGCACGUGCCGUCCGUGAAGAUGGCCGAUUUCCUCCCGUCUGCGCCACCAGCCGUGUUCCAGCAGACGACAGGAGAGUGUCGAGGCUCCUCCACCUAUGGUAUAGCCCUUGAUGCCUGGUGCAGUCUGCACUGUCCGCUCGGCUUCUGCCCACCUACUCACUGUGUUUGUACGCCAAAUCAACAUCACUUCCAAGAUGGCAAGUGCGGAGUGUGCGGUGAUCCUUGGCAGGGGCCGAAAAGGAAUGAGCCGAAUGGCAUCUAUGCCACAGGAACAAUUACGAGGCGGUACCGCACGGGACAAAAAAUACCCCUCGUCCUUGACAUCACCUCCAACCACAAGGGGUACUUUGAGUUCCGGAUCUGCCCUUGGAAUAACCCCAGGCUGGCCGUGAACCAGUCGUGUCUGGACGAAAACCCUCUUGUUGUGGAGGGGUCGGUGGUGCGGUACCCCCUCACUCUACAAGGGGCGUUUGUGAUGGUCAACUUGACUGGUCAGCUCCCGGACAACCUGACCUGUACCCAGUGUGUCUUGCAGUGGAGGUGGGUUGGAGGUCAGCAUAUGGGCAUCAAGGACGGCCGCGAAUGUAUGGGGUGUGGCAAACAGGAGCAGUGGCACAACUGUGCUGACGUUGCUAUUGGAUACGACUACCCCCUGUUUGAGAUGACCAAGCCUGGGAUUAUUCAGGAAACCGUGCCGCCACCUACAGUUGCCACCAGUACAACAGUACAACCUAUUGUGCCUGGAGGUCAAGAGGUCAAAACGAAUGUGGUCAAGGUCAAGGACUUUUCACGUCAAUCAGGUGGGCGAUUGGGGGCACCAACACCUGUAGAAAUCACUGCAGCAGCUUACAACAACAUGAACAUAGGAAUGCCCUCGAGAAAGGUGUCGAGGUUCGAGCCUGAGAAGAAACCCGCUGUUACUAUCCCCCCAGACAAAGGACCGUUGAUAACGUAUUUGGCAGACACCCCUCCUCCGCCACAACCACUGAUCAUCUCAUCGUCAGAUCUAUUCUUCAAGAAACCGGCCGAGCCAGACGUUGGCGUGAGAGAGGCACAAGUCACAGCUCAACAGGAAGAUCCGAAUCUUUCCAGGGGGGUCAGUUUUACUUCGUUACUGGAAAGAAAUACCGAUACCCAAAGCAGUGUGCCCAAUGUUUUCGGACAUGUCCAAGCAAAUGAAGGCACCUCACAGUUCAUGAAAGUCUCCCUGCAGUCUCUGACCGGAAACCCUACCAAACACGUGAACUCCUUCACGGGGAAAAGUUUUCCAAGCCGAUUUGGUAGCUAUCCUUACAGAAUGUACAAUUCCAGGGAUAAAACCCCUUCCGUCCUCAUAUCAAGUCAGUCGAGUUCCUUAAGAUUUUCCCACAAACAACCACCUCCAAUAUCCACUGUUUCCAGAACAAACCAAAACGGUGCAAUACAAACACAUGUGCCUGUCGACCUUCCGAAGCCAAUAAUACCUAUAAUAACGCGCAAAGAACAACCAAAAGUUCCUUCUACAGAAACACCAAUAACAACCUACCCGACAACAUCAAGUUCCAGUACAACAAUGACAACAACUACUACGAUUACUACAACUACAACUACUUCACCAACUACAACAACUACACCUAUUUCAACAACGGUUUUGUCGACUUCAACUGGUACAUUUUCGACUUCAAGAACAAAAAGAACUACCAUCACCGCUACAACUACCACCGCUACAACUACCACCACUACAACUGAAAUACCAACAACUGUAAGACCGACAACUGAAAUACCGACAACUGAAAUACCGACAACAACAACAACAACAACAGCUCAAACAACAACAACUCAAAUACCAACAAUAACCACUCAAAUACCACCUGCAGUGCCUAUUACUCAGGGAUAUAUCAUUCAAGAUACGCCUCUAGUUUCCACAUUCGGCCCAAACUUUGUCCCAUAUGUCACAAACUACUACCCGACAGAACUCUACUACAUCACAAACGACAUGACUCCCAACGCGCCACCUGGUGAGUAUCUAGCUACAACUCCUGAUCCUUCAUUAACCAUGAGUCUAUACGCUGCUGAUGUCCCCACCGAGUCGCGACCUCCACAACAAGCAGAUCCAGCAGCCAGAGCUCCAGACGCCAAUGCUUCGGCAACGACAUCAUCACCAAAAAGUAUCAGUAGGUCUGGAGUAAAACCUAACAGUAACCCUAGGUUCGUGCCGUCCAACACAAUAGUGGAUCCUAAUCAACCUUGGAUGACACAUCAGGACUACCUUGCUUCAAUGUCAUCACAAACGUCCAAUGUCGCCAACACGUUCCACCCUUAUCAAAUAGCAGUGGUGAACGGCCAAGUCGUAGUUCCACCAGGAAUGACACAAGCUCAAGCUCGAGCUCAAGCACAGACGAUGUUACAAUCACAAGUCCAGAAGCGGCUACAAGCACAAGCAAAUGCUCAAACUCGGGCUCAAGUACAAAUCCAAACGCAGUCCCAUCCACAGCCCAUGAUGGUGAAUCAGCAGAGGAUGAUGGCCAUGCAAGCCUCUGCAAUAAACGGCGGACCAGCGAAUUUCAACAUGAUGACUCAGGGUCCAAGAUCUUCAACCUUCAACACCCAAUCCACGAACAGGAACUACCCUAUGUGGGGUCAACAGCUGCUUCCGCGUGAACUGGAGGGUAUUCCAGGACCUAUGUGUGCCACGGGACAGUCCAUCUGCAGAGGAAAGGGGGUAUGGGCGAACAUGCAGAACUUUGACCGGUACUGUGCCACGCAGUGCAUGAUGGGACUUUGUCCCUUUAACCUGUGCGUCUGCACAUGUCCAGGCGAGGAGUUUAUCAGGCAGGAUUGUCGGAGCUGGAUUGACACAAACCAUAUGAAUAGAUGGUGCGAACAGAAUUGCUUGGGGGGAUUUUGUCCAGCUGAAAUCUGUUAUUGUAAUAUCUAGCAAUACAGGAUGUCUUACACAUCUGUCAAGAUUUGUUUUAUUUUUCAACCAGUUUUGUUUGUAAUAAUGUCUAUGUAAGGGGGUGGAAAUAUCACAUGAACGGCGUAGCAAUGCUAUCCACACGUACUCUGCAUUAUUCUAUUUCUUUGAUUGUGAUAAUCGAUUGAUAGCGUAAAUAAACACAAUAUGCAGUA